GUGCCUUAAAAUCUGGAAAAUCCAAAUAAGCAGAAGAUUUAACGCGAUCGUAAAAUUCGAAUAGUUGCUUAUUCAAGGAUGUUACGACGCACGAGGGAACGGGAGUUUGUGAAUAAUUCAGCGAUCGCGACGACGAUUCGACGAAUCGACGACGACGAUUCACAAACAUAUGCCGGAGUCAAAGGACAAAGAUUGCGCCGCGCUCGAUCAUCCGGGGGAUGCCGUACAGUUUGCGCUAAUGAAGCAGCAAGUCUUUGUGCUGCUUUUAUUCUCUUACGUCAUCAAAUCCAGCGGCGGCGACGACGACGGCGGCACGACCUGGCCGCGUUCUCAGCGCGUAGGACGGCUUGCGCAAGGCGCAAUCAAAGACCGACCUCUCGCGGACCGUCCUGGAAGCGAGCCAGCUAAUGUGUUUUUCCUCUGACUUCGGACAUUUCAGGCUGACGCAAAAUAUAUAAGGAAUAUUCAAUCAUCUUGGAGCGCAUUUCCGAGCGUAAGAAAACGCGCGCUGCAACUCGCGGGCUGUAUUCCUCGCUCGCUUACGUCGAGUUGUUUCGCAGCGACCAAGGCGAACUUCUUCGUUCUCCAACUCGUCAUCGCCGCCGCCACUCAGCCGAGAUAUCCAGCGCGUGUAGCGCUCAUAUCUCUCUACAUAUUUUUCUCUAUCCUAGAAUUAUUGCAAAACGAUAUUUCAGGAUAAACGUCGAAAUGAGCUUUUUGACACAUCGAUGAGAGAAAACAUCGAGCGCAGCAAAACGUCAUUCUGUAUUCCAAUGAACAUUGAAUCGUCUCGAAAUAGAAAACGCCUGGAUCCUGAAAUAUCCUUCGAGCGCGGAGAUAUCCAUAGACCGACGAGUUUUUCCACGCUUUUCAUGAGUAACUACAACUGGAAAUCGAAUCCGAGAGACUUUCGCUUGUCGGACGAGUACUUCUCCACUAACAAUAAGCAACACAACAGAUCCUGGAAAGUUUAGCAAGAUUGACACUUGCAAUUUGUAUUUUCUCUGGACAUUUUCAAGGGUAACUGCGAGCGGAAAUCGAAUGUUCAUCUUUAUAUUCAUCGAUGUCAAUCUUCUGUCAAUUUGACGACUUUUGCGUCGUUGUGAUAAAAUGACUGCGUGGGAAGAAAAUGACUGUACGGAAUCUUACAGCAAUAAGAGGGAAAAAAGAGAUCAACCGGAUGUACGAAUGUGAUCCAGCUUACAUAGGACUCGACGAUUAACACUAAUCUAUUGCGUAUAGUUUUGUCUCUAUUUUCGCCGACUUGCCGUCAUGCCGCAUUUUCCUCGCAAAGUCGCCGCUAUAUCGCCUCGACGAAAAUCUUCCCGCGCCGCGCGCGCCGUGUAAAUCGAACGUUCGAUAACGGACGGUGGCGAGAGAAGAAGGGAGAGCGUGCGAGCGAACGAGGGACGAUCUGGCAACAGCGCUGGAAUCGCAGUGCCGGAAUUGAAUUUCAAGCGCCCGAGGGACAGAAGAGGGGGCGGACCGACCGGCGGCCCUUUCUCUUUUGUAUAGGGGGCACGAGGCGCAUAACGAUUGCCGUCCGGCACGCUCUACUGGAUGUCCCAAAAGAACAUGACCCAUUAGCCGCGCUACGUCUUUAUCUUACAAGCUGAUGGCGAAACUUGGCAAAUGCGCACCGGAGUAUCAUCUGAACGCAGCUGCGUAAGAUUCACCCUCCGGAGAAUCGGUUCGAAGCGGCUGCCAGAAACAGUCGAGCGUUUCGUCGCGAGACAUCCGUUACAAAGUACACGCUUCUGAAGAAGCGUGCGAAAAGUCAGAGAGAGAGCGAGUGCGCCGAGGACGAGAGAGAGAGAGAAAAGACGACUCUUCGUAGAGAAAGGAGCCUCUUCGUGGAGAAUCUCUUCACGCUCCCCUCCGACACACUCCGACACACUGCCACAAGGUGUCGAAGGCACGUCGUCGCGCGUAUUCGACCGAAUUUCGCGGCCCGUAAGCGCGAGCGAGACGGAACAAGAGAAGAGAGAGAGAGAGAAGAAGUGCGUACAUGCACGAGAGAGAGACAGAAAAAGGGAGGUAGACGCAUACGGGAGAUACAUAGACGCGAUCAAAGCUGAUAAAGAAGGACAGCUCGUGCAAGAGAGAGAGAGAGAGAGAGAGAGACGGAAGAAGCUCCAGAGUGGGAGAGAUACGGAUUCCCAAGUGUGGGACGGAGCGAGAAAGCGUGACAGACGUAUUCGGCGAGCGACAGAGGAAGAGAGAGAGAGAGACGACGAUAACUCUUCGGUGGAAACGAGGCGCGACCCGUUGGAAGGGAUAGAGAGAGGCGCAACCCGAGCAGUGCUGCCGCCUAUUGGCGACGUCGCGUCCGACUCCCCACCCGGGAGGCCAGUGUCGAGCGAGGUCCGUUGGAGAAGAGUGCUCUACAGUAGUGCGAUUAUCCCUCGAGACGUCGUGCGGUGCCGAGAUACGAGAGAGGAGAACGUUCCGCGUUUUAUAAGUACGUGACGUCAUCACUCAUCUGUCACUUUGUACUCGGGAGCGAGCGAACUCGAACUGUCAAAAAAAGAAAAAAGUGCGCGAAUUUGUUUUCCAUCGCUCCUAUCUCGACGAAUACUUCUCCGGAGGAUCUUCUCGACCAGAAGAAGAGGGUCCCGACUCCCGGCGACUCUCCCUCAUCGAUUUCCCACGCGACGCGCUUCCUCGCGCCGCACUGGUGAGGGAAUUCUGGUGAGCCGAGGGUGAAGUAGGAUUCCUCCUGACAAGGAGAGAGAGAAGAGAGAGGAAGAAGAGAAAAGAAAGAGAGAGACAGACGGCAACGCCGCCCGGUGGUGGUGGCGGGGGGUUUCGACGGGGACGACGCGGCGUUUUACGGAGCAGCGGCAGCAGGCGGCGUUGGUGCUGCGCCCCGACGGCCGUCGAUCGAAACCCGCGUCAUCGCAAUGGCUUCCGUGAAAGACACCGCGACUUUCUUCGCGGAGGGCACCGCGACACAAUUCGAACACGUAUUCAAACUCUAUCCGCAGGCGUUGCGACUCAAGGCCGAUCACAAAUCGAAAAAGCCCGAGGAGCUCAUCAAGCUGGACAACUGGUAUCAGAAUGAGCUUCCUAAGAAGAUCAAAUCACGCGGCAAGGACGCGCACCUUAAUCACGAGGAGCUGUGCCAGACGAUGAAAUGGAAGCAAAUACGCGGCAAGUUCUACCCACAGCUGUCCUACCUGGUGAAGGUGAACACACCGCGCGCCGUGAUGGCAGAAACGAAGAAAGCGUUCAAGAAGCUUCCGAAUCUCGAACAGGCGAUUACGGCGUUAUCGAAUUUGAAGGGCGUCGGUACCACGAUGGCGUCCGCCCUGCUCGCCGCAGCGUCGCCGGAGAACGCGCCCUUCAUGGCUGACGAGUGCCUGAUGGCGAUACCGGAGAUCGAGGGCAUUGAUUACACCACUAAGGAAUACCUUAACUUCGUCCAGCACAUUCAAAACACUGUCGAGAGGCUGAACAAGCAGACGUCAAAUGGCAAGUCAUGGAGCCCACAUAAAGUCGAGCUAGCGCUAUGGACGCAUUACGUGGCAUCCGAGCUGAAGCCAGAGUUGCUGGACGGCAUCCCGGGCUCGACGGAGAACGGCAACUCGCACAGCGCCAGCAACGGCGAGGCAACGGAGCCAUCGGAUGACAGCAAUCAGGAGACGGUAGCGAACGGCAAGGACACGGCGCCGCUCGAUCCUGCGGCGAUUGACGAGAACAGCACGACAACAUCCUUCACCGAGGACUCGAUGGACAAACCGGCGACGCCGAUUAUCGCCGGCGAUCAUCAUCACACCGUCGUAGGCGCCAGCGAGGACACAAACGAUUCCAUUAUCACCAACGACAGCAGCAACAACGCGACGCCACGACCUACCGACAGCGAGGACACCGAGGAGGACUCGCAAGACGCGCAGGAGCCGCCCAACAAGAAGAGUAAGAAGUGACCCGAUCGGCUCGGUGACGCGACAAGCAACAACGUCAGCACUUUCGUGCCCGCCAGAAGUCUGUCGAUCAUUGCGGCGCCGCGUCGUCGAUUCUGAAUCAUCGAUCCGGAUGAUAUGGACCGACGGACGGACGGACGACGGAUGGACAGACGAACGGAUAGGUAGAAUAGAAGAUGGAUGCACGGACGGACAGACGGACGCGGAUGGAUGGAUGGAUUAUUCUAUUUGCGCGAUUGCUUGGACGGAGCAUAGCCGCUCGCUUCAUCCUCGGCUCUUACUGCGGGAGGGAGCGAGAAAAUCAAGGGAGGGAUUCGCGGGAUUCCAGAAUAUUGUACAUAGAUUCUAGAAUCCUCGAAUCUUGUUUUUCUCACUCUCUGUUUCUCUCCCUCUUCGGAUCUUUCCCGCAUCUCAUCCACGAUUAUGUCCCGUUUUCUUACGGCUCCUCCCGUUCUGGUAAGGAUUUUUACCGAGUGACCGACGAAUCUGCAUUCUUGUUGAUGCUAAAUGUUAGCUGGUGAUACAGCUAGAUUCUCAUUGUUGUUGUUCGGACAAUCUCGUGCAUUCAUGUAAAUGUCAACAAGAGUUUUGCACCGUCUUUUGAUUAUGGAUCUCCUGUACAAAGUAUGUUGGAGCGGACGAGGAAACGUGAAAGUAUAUAUACUCAAUUGUAGAAAUAAACCAAUUUCGCGAAUAUACAUAUACGUAUAAGA